AUGGAAGGAGAGAAGAAAAGGAAUAGAGGAAAGGUUUCUGAUGGAGUAGACGAUCACGACCGAGAAAUCAAUGCCAUUUUCGGUGUAGUUAAAAGGUGGAAGAAGAGUGAGAAAAGUUGUGAAGAAAUUGCUUUGUUUGUUGAGAAAGCAAUGGCUGAGCUUGAGAUUGUUGUGGAGGAUGAUGCACAACUCAACAGAAAAGGCCAAACUGCCAUCAAUAAACGCCGGAAGUUGCCUCUUCUUCUCAAGGUUUUACGCAAGAAAAGUCUUCAACUAGAAUUCUUGGAUCAUGGCGUUUUGACCCUCCUGAAGAAUCGUAGAGAACAGUUCAAGAAGAGUGGCAUUGGAAAGGUUUUUAUGUUCUUAUCAAAAUCUGAUGAGGAAAUGGCUUCGAACAACAAACUUGCCAAGGAUUUGGUUGAAAAGUGGAGCCGAAUCAUAUUUAACAAGAGCACAAAGUUUUCUGACCCGAGGAACAUCGAGGUUCAUGACGUUCCCUUCAUGAAACAGCCUGUGAAAAAACCCACAAGGCCCGCAACCAUUGAAUAUAGGGAGUUUGAUUUGGAUUUUAGAGUCACCAAAGAACACACGUCGAGUUCUCAACCUUGUUCCUCAAGCCAACGUGUUAAAAUGCCAGAAGCAGCCGCAUCUGUUUAUCUGGUCCGUCCUCACCCCAACUACAAUGCCAUAGUCAAAGCCUCUGCUAAGCAACAAGUACAAGGGGAGUGCCGUCAAAGGAUCUGA